UCUGGGUGAUGAUGUCAUUACCCUGUGUCUAGGCACAUGUCAGAGGACACAGGCUGCACCCCAGUGACAGCUCCUGGCAGACAUCAUGCUGCAGCCCCUCAGAGCGGCGCUCCACAGGAGCUGCUGCAGGACACUCUCCUACAAUGCUGGGCGCAAGGGGCUUGUCCUAGGAGUAUACGAAAAUAAUAAAGAGGAUGAAAGUGCGCUUCUUACCCAAGCAGGGGACACGUUCGACAAUGUUGUUUCGGGAAAAUUGCGAGAUCAGCUGACCAGGUCAGGACCCUCCCUGAAGAAGGGGAAGACACGGGUAUUUUAUGGUUUGCAUGAGGAGUUCCCCAGUGUGGCAGUGGUGGGCCUGGGCAAACCGUCCGCUGGCGUCAAUCAGCAGGAGCUCUGGAAUGAAAGCAAGGAGAAUAUCCGUUCGGCGGUUUCAGUGGGCUGUCGGCAGAUGCAGGAUAUGGAGAUUGAAUGCGUGGACGUGGAUCCUUGUGGAGAUGCUCAGGCUGCGGCAGAAGGCGCUGUCCUGGGGUUAUUUGAAUAUGAUGAGCUGAAGUCAAAAAAGAAGAAAAAAGUCUCAGCGCAGCUGUAUGGAAGUCAAGACCUUGAUGCCUGGCAAAAAGGAGUUUCCUAUGCAGAGGGACAGAACUUGGCUCGUUACUUGAUGGAAUCUCCAGCCAACUAUAUAACACCCUCAAAGUUUGCUGAGAUCCUUCACCAGAAGAUUGGAGCAUUGGGAAGCAGCAUUAAGGCAUUCACAAGAUCAAAGUCGUGGAUUGAAGAGCAACAAAUGGGAGCGUUUUUAAGUGUGGCCAAAGGAUCUGAUGAACCUCCGGUUUUCCUGGAAAUUCAUUACACUGGCAGCCAGGACCCUAAUGACUCCCCUCUUGUGUUUGUGGGGAAAGGGGUCACUUUUGACAGUGGUGGGAUUUCCUUGAAGCCAUCAUCAGGAAUGGAUGCAAUGAGAGCAGAUAUGGGAGGAGCUGCCACCGUCUGUUCUGCCAUCUUGACUGCUGCCACCCUCAAGUUGCCCAUUAACUUGAUUGGUCUGGCUCCACUGUGUGAAAAUAUGCCAAGUGGCAGAGCUACUAAACCCGGAGAUGUUGUGAAAGCCAAGAACGGGAAGACAAUCCAGGUGGAUAACACGGAUGCAGAGGGACGGUUGCUCUUGGCUGAUGCCCUUUGUUACGCACACAACUUCAAUGCAAGAGCCAUAGUAAAUGCAGCGACAUUAACAGGCGCCAUGGAUGUGGCCCUGGGAUCUGCAGCCACCGGAGUGUUCUCCAAUUCUUCCUGGCUCUGGAAUCACCUUCAAGAGGCCAGCAUUGUGACCGGGGAUCGGGUAUGGAGAAUGCCUCUCUUUGAUCACUACACCAAACAGGUGACGGAGUCGGCUCUGGCAGACAUUAAUAACGUCGGGAAGUAUAGCAGAUCUGGUGGUGCCUGCACAGCCGCUGCCUUCUUGAAGCAGUUUGUCACCAUACCGCACUGGGCUCACCUGGACAUUGCCGGAGUCAUGUCAAACAAAGAUGAAGUGCCUUACCUGCGCAAGGGCAUGUCCGGCCGCCCCACAAGGACUUUGGUAGAAUUUGCUGAUCGUCUGAGUAAAGACCAGAAACCCACAUAGUUCUGACAUCGGUUCCAGGAUCUGCUCAGUGGACGCGAUGAACUACAAGUCCACAAGCUUUUUAUGCACUUGUUUUUUUACUAAUACAAAUACAAAUCAAAGCAAAUCCUGAAUUUGACAUCUUCAGAUUAGUCUGCGUGCAGAAUGGAGAGCUGUCAUUAUAGAAUAAAGAACAAAUCAAG